AUGGCCAUCGACCUCCCCUCUGGGAUUCCUGGACAAGGCAGAAGAAGAAAAAUGCCUGAAAGAUACAAGUAUAGUGCUACAUCUGCUACUGAGGACCAGCAAUAUCAAUCCUUGGAUGAGUACUACCGUGUGAGAGUAUUUUAUGUGUUUUUAGAUACAAUAUCACAGGAGCUACAAAGAAGAUUUAAAGGUGGAGACAACACAACAUGGGGUAUCCUAAAUGCCUUUCAUUGUAUGACAGUCCAAGAUAACUGGAAAGAACCUGUGAAUGAAGAGGCAUUCAAGUCAUUGCAAAAAUUAUGCCAGUUUUAUGAGUUAGAAGAAGUAGACAAACUACGGUUGGAAUUAAAGAUCUUCUAUUCCUCAUUUCCUUGCCUGCCACAGAACAGUACAGCUACAAUGCUCAACCUGAUGAAAGAAAACAAUGUCCAGGAGAUAUUGCCACUUAUGCUUGAACUCUUAACAAUUUAUGCCACUCUACCCGUCACAACUGCGACAGUGGAAAGGACCUUCUCCAAACUCAAGCUGGUGUAG